AUGGCUGCUCGCUGUGCCUCUCCAACGCGCAGCCCAAACUAAACUCAACUCUCCUUGCUUUUCCGCGUUUUGGACCUUAUUCCACCGCGAACACGACAACCCGCAACCGGAGACUGCGCCAAAACUCGCCAUGACGCGCUGGGUUCCGACCAAGAGGGAGAAAUACGGCGUCGCCAUCUAUAACUUCGACGCCCGGGGAGAGGAGGAGCUGUCUCUGCAGAUCGGCGAUACAGUGCACAUACUUGAGACAUAUGAAGACUGGUACAGAGGGCAUCGGUUAAGAAGAAAAUCCAAAAAGGGCAUAUUUCCUGCGUGUUACAUCCACCUGAAGGACGCCACGGUCGAAGGCAGCGGGCAAAAGGAAACGAUAAUCCCGACAGAGUUGCCUUUGGUUCAGGAAGUGACCACCACGCUGAGGGAGUGGGCUUCAAUAUGGAGGGACCUAUAUGUGGGCGACAAGAGGGAGAUGUUCAACACAGUGCGGGACAUGAUUUACGACCUGAUCGAGUGGCGUUCCCAGAUCCUCUCCGGAACUCUGCCCCAAGACGAACUCUCCGAACUCAAGCAAAAAGUCACCUCCAAGAUCGACUACGGAAACAAAUACCUUGGUCUAGACUUGGUCGUCCGAGACAAAGACGGGAACAUUCUAGACCCAGAUCUCACCAGCACCAUCAGCCUCUUCAGAGCCCACGAAGCAGCGUCCAAGCAGAUCGAAGACCGGAUCCAAGAGGAGAAGUCUCAGAAGCAGAAUAUCGACUUGAGCAGACAGGCUAAGUUCGCGUCCACGCCUGCCUUCGCGCUCUUCGUCACUCUGAAGAACGUGGUGUGUAAGAUCGGGGAGGACGCCGAGGUGCUCAUGUCACUGUACGACCCCGUGGACUCCAAGUUUAUCAGUGAGAACUACCUGGUGAAAUGGUCCAGCUCUGGUUUAGUGAAAGACAUCGACCAACUCCACAACCUGCGCUCGGUGUUCACGGACUUGGGCAGUGAAGAUCUGAAGAGGGAGAAAAUCAGUUUUGUUUGUCAGAUCGUGAGAGUGGGACGGAUGGAGCUGCGAGACAACAACACCAAGAAGCUAACGUCAGGCCUGAGGAGACCCUUUGGAGUGGCAGUGAUGGACGUGACCGACAUAAUAACGGGAAAAAUGGACGACGAAGACAAGCAGCACUUUAUCCCAUUCCAACCGGUGGCCGGAGAGAGCGACUUCCUUCAGAGCGUCAUCAACAAGGUCAUCACGGCCAAAGAGGUCAACCACAAGGGACAAGGUGACGUGAGGAACGACAUCUACGUGACUCUGGUCCAGGGAGACUUCGACAAAGGAAGUAAAACGACCCCGAAAAACGUGGAGGUGACCAUGUCCGUUUACGACGAGGACGGGAAGAGACUGGAGAGUGUGAUCUUUCCUGGAGCGGGAGAUGACGGGAUAAACGAGUACAAGUCCGUCAUUUAUUACCAAGUGAAGCAGCCGCGCUGGUUUGAAACAAUCAAGGUCGCGAUUCCGAUCGAAGACGUGAACCGGAGCCAUCUGCGUUUCACUUUCCGGCACCGCUCGUCCCAGGACUCCAAAGACAAAUCAGAAAAGAUCUUCGCUCUGUCGUUUGUGAAGCUGAUGAGAUACGACGGCACCACUCUGAGGGACGGGGAGCAUGACCUCAUUGUGUACAAGGCUGAAGCAAAGAAGUUCGAGGACUCGUCUUUGUACUUGAACCUCCCGGCCACAAAGAUGGAGCUGGAGGAGAAGGGUUACUCUGCCGCCGGAAAGACCACUCAGAACUUGGGAAACUGCAGCAUCAGCAAGGACUGCUUCCAGAUCUCCACCCUGGUCUGCUCCACCAAGCUCACACAGAACGUGGAUCUUCUUGGCUUGCUCAAAUGGCGCUCCAACACCAGCCUCCUCCAACAGAAUCUACGUCAGCUCAUGAAGGUGGAGGGCGGAGAGGUCGUCAAGUUCUUGCAGGACACUCUGGACGCCCUGUUCAACAUCAUGAUGGAAAACUCCGACAGCGACACCUUUGACACGUUAGUCUUCGACGCCUUGGUGUUCAUCAUUGGACUGAUCGCAGACAGAAAGUUCCAGCAUUUCAACCCGGUUCUGGAGACGUACAUCAGGAAACACUUCAGCGCGACACUGGCUUACACGAAGCUGACCAAGGUUUUGAAGAACUACGUGGACAACGCAGACAAACUGACGGAGCAGCUGCUGAAGGCCAUGAAGGCUCUGGAGUACAUCUUUAAGUUCAUCGUUCGCUCCAGAGUCCUGUUCAACCAACUGUAUGAAAACAAAGGGGAGGCAGAUUUCAUGGAGUCGUUGCGAAAUCUCUUCACGUCUUUUAACAACAUGAUGAACAGCAGCUCAGAGAACACAGGGAUGGUCAAGGGGGCUGCACUGAAGUAUCUCCCCACGAUUGUGAACGACGUGAAGCUCGUGUUCGAUCCCAAAGAGCUCAGUAAGCUCUUCACAGAAUUCAUCCUGAAGGUUCCUCUGGGUCGUCUGGUCAAGCAGAAGCUGGACUGUAUGAUCGAUAUCGUCCACAGUGACCUAUUCUCCAAUCACGAUUGCCGUGAGAUCCUGUUGCCGUUGACGACCGAGCAGCUGAAGUUUCACCUGGAGAAACGGGACGAGAUGAAGAGGGAGGAACUGAGCGCGUGCUGCCAACUUCUCAGCGACAUCCUCCAAGUGCUUUACAGGAAGGAUGUGGGUCCGACUCAGUGGCACAUGCAGAUUAUCAUGGAGAAACUUCUGAGGACCGUGAACCAGACGGUCAUCUCGAUGGGCCAUGACUCCCCGUUCAUUGGGAGCUUCGUGGCGGCCAUGACGGCGACUCUGAGGCAGAUGGAGGACUAUCAUUACAGCCAUCUGAUCAGCACCUUUGGGAAGAUCAGGAGUGAUGUGGUGGAUUUUCUGAUGGAAACUUUCAUCAUGUUCAAGAACCUCAUUGGAGAAAACGUCUACCCCUCGGACUGGAUCAUAAUGAACAUGAUGCAAAACAAAGUCUUCCUCCGAGCCAUUAAUCAGUAUGCAGCAGUUCUCAGCAAGAAGUUCCUGGAUCAGACCAGCUUUGAGCUACAGCUUUGGAACAACUACUUCCACCUCGCCGUCGCCUUCCUCACCCAAGACUCGCUUCAACUGGAAAACUUCUCAAGCGAUAAAAGAGCCAAGAUUUUCCACAAAUACCAGGACAUGAGGAGGCAGAUCGGCUUCGAGAUUCGAGACAUGUGGUACAACUUGGGGCCUCAUAAGAUCAAGUUCAUCCCGGAGAUGGUGGGUCCGAUCCUGGAGAUGACCCUGGUCCCGGAGAUCGAGCUGAGAAAAGCCACGAUCCCCAUUUUCUUUGACAUGAUGCAGUGUGAGUCCCACUCCACCUGCAGCUUCCACCAUUUUGAAAACGAGAUCAUCACCAAACUGGAUCAUGAGGUGGAGGGCGGACGCGGAGACGAGCAGUACAAAGUCCUCUUCCAGAAAAUCCUCUUGGAGCACUGCAGGAAGCACAAAUACCUGUCCAAAACCGGGGAGAACUUUGUGAGCGUGGUGGUGCGGCUCCUGGAGCGGCUCCUGGACUACAGGACCAUCAUGCACGACGAGAACAAGGAGAACCGGAUGAGCUGCACCGUCAACGUCCUGAAUUUUUACAAAGAAAUCGACCGAGAGGAGAUGUACAUACGGUACUUGUACAAGCUGUGCGACCUUCACAAGGAAUGCGACAACUACACAGAGGCCGCCUACACACUCCUGCUCCACGCCAAGCUGCUCAAGUGGUCGGACGAAGCAUGUGCAGCUCAUUUGACGCAGAGGGACACGUACCAGGCGUCCACACAGGGACAACUCAAGGCUCAGCUCUACCAGCAGAUCAUCAACUACUUCGACAAGGGAAAGAUGUGGGAGGAGGCGAUCAUUUUGGGGAAGGAGUUGGCUGAACAAUAUGAAAAUGAGAUGUUCGACUAUGAGCAGCUGAGUGCGUCUCUGAGGAAGCAGGCCCAGUUUUACGAGAACAUCGUGAAGGUGAUCCGACCCAAGCCGGACUACUUCGCUGUGGGUUACUACGGCAUCGGCUUCCCCUCGUUCCUCCGGAAUAAGAUGUUCAUAUACCGGGGUAAAGAGUACGAGAGAAGGGAGGACUUCGAAGCACGUCUGCUCACGCAAUUUCCCAACGCGGAGAAGAUGAAGACCACCACUCCCCCUAGUGACGAGACCAAGAACUCGCCUGGACAAUACAUUCAGUGUUUCAUAGUGAAGCCGAUCCUCGACCUGCCCGCCAAGUUCCAAAACAAGUCUGUGUCAGAGCAGAUUUUAAGUUUCUACACGGUGAACGAGGUGCAUAAGUUCCAGUAUUCUCGGCCGGUGCGGAAAGGGAAGAACGACCCAGACAACGAGUUUGCGAACAUGUGGCUGGAGCGGACCACUUACACCACGGCGUACAAGCUCCCUGGGAUACUGCGCUGGUUCGAAGUCAAGUCUGUUUCUACAAUUGAAAUUAGCCCAUUGGAAAACGCCAUAGAAACCAUGCAGUCUGCCAACGAUAAGAUUAGCAGCAUGGUCCAGAGGCACCUCAGCGAUCCAAAUUUACCCAUCAACCCCCUCUCCAUGCUGCUCAACGGCAUCGUGGAUCCAGCUGUGAUGGGAGGCUUCGCCAACUAUGAGAAGGCCUUCUUCAAUGAGCAGUACAUGCAGGAGCACUCAGACGACCUGGAGAAGAUCAGCAAACUCAAGGACCUCAUCGCCUGGCAGAUCCCCCACCUGGCCGAGGGAGUGCGUAUCCAUGGAGACAAAGUGACGGAGGCGCUGCGACCGUUUCACGACCGGAUGGAGGCCUGCUUCAGACAGCUCCGGGAGAAGGUGGAGAAACAGUACGGCGUCAAGACUUUGCCUCCAGUGCACGAGCGGCGGAGAGGGUCCCGACCUCACUCUAUGGUGCGCUGCUUCACCAUGCCCUCAUCACAGCGCCCCCUGUCUGUGGCCUCCGUCACCUCCAUCUCCUCCGACAACUCCCCCUCCAGGCCUGGCUCUGACGGGUUUGCACUAGAGCCGCUCCUCCCGAAGAAACAGCACACCAAGUCUACGGAUAAACUGGACCGAGAGGAGCCUGAGAGGGACAAAAAGGACAAAAAGAAAGAGAAGAGGAACAGCAAACAUCAGGAAGUGUUUGACAAAGAGCUGAAGCCUGCAGACGUCCCCGUGCAGCCCACAGAGGCCGUCAUCCUCUCAGAAACUAUAAGUCCAUUGCGUCCUCAGAGACCGAAGAGUCAGAUCCUGAACCAGCUGACAGGUGACCGCCGCCUGUCAGUGUCCCCGGGACCCCCCUCCAGCUCCUCCACCUCCUCUGCCUCCUCCUCCGGACCCCCACCCAUCACCCCCCGCACCAAACUGUCCUUCAGCCUGCUCACCGGGUCUAGUUUGGAGCUCAAUGGAACCAGUGGCCUGGACAAAACCGAAGUCCCGCCCCCCCUUCCUGUCAAAAGCAGUACCGCAGACUACGGGAACCUGUUUGAGAACCCCGACCUGAGUCCCUCCACGCCUCCUCCGCCUCCACCACAUCACAGGCAUAUGCCUCCUCCUCUGCCCAGCAAGACCCCUCCUCCACCUCCUCCCAAAACCACCAGAAAACAGACCUCCAUAGACUCCGGCAUCGGCCAGUGAACAAAGAGGGAGAAGAGACCAAACCUGGCGACGCGCUGACAGGCAGACAAAACCAUCCAGGACACAUUUUAGCUCCUCCGGUUUUUAUUUUCGUACCAUUCCUUGUUGGGCUUGACAAGAUGAAUACCUCCCUGCUCUCAUCUCCCUGUGUUCUGUUUUAUUUUUUUUUUGUGUGCCUUGAAUGGGUGCGGUAGGGAGCAUUUUGCACACAGCAAUAAAUUACUAUCUGUUUGCAAGUUUAAGGAAGACGGAUAAAGCUUUGGACCAAUGGCUUUGCAAAACUGACCCAAGUCUCACAAUGCCCACUAAAACCUUGGCUCAUGUUCCACUAUGUACAGAGGUUUGUAUAUAUAUAUUUUAUUGCAUUUUCUAAGUGAUUUUUGUAUUAACGUGUAUCUCUAGAUUAUGUGGCAUUUUCACCAAUCAGGCAUAAUGUUAUGACCACCUGCCUAAUAUGCAACUAACUCAGGACUAAACCAGAACUAAACCAGAACUAAACCAGGACUAAACCAGGACUAAACCAGGACUAAACCAGGUCUAAACCAAGUCUAACCCAAGUCUAACUCAGGACCACUGCAAACCGGGAAUGCCAUCAUAGGACCUACACUAAACCAGUAUUAAACAAAGUCCAAACCAGGACUAAACCAGAUCUAAUCUAGGAUUAAGCCAGGACCAAACAGGGCCAAACAGGACUAAACAAGGUCUAAACUUGGAUUAAACCUGGUUUAAGACAAAUUCAAAGUACCUCUGAUUGUGACCACUCAUCAAGAACUGCACUAAACCAGGACUAAACUAGGUCUAAAGAAGGACCAAUCCAGAGCUAAACUAGGACUAAACCAAGUCCAACUCAGGACCAUUGCAGACCGGAAAUACCACCACAGGACCUACACUAAACCAGUAUUAAACAAAGUCCAAACCGGGACUAAACCAGGAUUAAGCCAAGUCUAAAAUAUCCUCAUUUGAUACUGACCACUGCACUAAACUAGUAUUAAACCAAUUAAACCAACCCAGGACUAAACCAGGGCCAAACCAGGGCCAAACCAGGGCCAAACCAGGACCAAACCAGGACCAUGCCAGCAAUAAACCUGGACCAAGCUAGGACUAAACAACAUUUAAACAUGCACUAAACCAGGUCCAAGGCACCUUUACUGACCACCCCACUAGAGCUGCUCGAAACAAGGACUAAACAGAAACCAGACCAGAACUAAACCAGGUCUAAAAUAGGACUACAAUAGGUCUAAACAAGGUCUAAACCUGGACUAAACCAGUUUUAAACCUAAUUCAAAGCACGUUUUAUAGAUUCUGAUAACUGCAGAAAGGACCACCCAUCAAGAGCUGAACUAAACUGGACUAAACCAGGACUAAACUAGGGCUAGAUCAGGUCUAAAUCAGAUCUAAACCAGCUCUGAUAAAUACUGACCAGCGCAGACUAAGAUCAUCCCACAAGAGCGGCACUAAACCAGGACUAAACUAGGAUUAAACUAAGACUUAAGCAGGACUAACCAGGUCUAAAGCAUCUAACUAUGUUCUCUAGCCAGCAAAAUAUGGCUAUUUCCAAACUCGUAUACGUUUUCUCUACUUCUAACACAUACAUUUAACAAACACGAUCUGUUUUUUCCAUAAUCCUUCAGUGGUCGUAAUGCUAUGGCUGAUCGGUUCAUUCUAAGAACAAAAAGGGCUUGUAAACGUGUGAUUUCAGAGCUUCCCGUUUGGCCGAGUGGUUCAUUUUUGGAGUGCACAUGUCACUAACUCCUUGUCCACAUAGAUCACCACUGUAACCUUUAAACUCAGAUCUCAUCGACUUUUGCCAAUUCACUACUGACCAAGGAAUAAACUUUCAAAUGUAUUUUUACGAAAACAA